AUGGAAGUGAUCGAUGCGACUUGGGCGCGCUGGCUACGCUUUCAUCAGCGCCAUUGUACAACCCGAGAAAUAGAUGUGGCAACUGCUCGAACACAAUUUGAAUUGGUGGCAAUAGGCCUCACUUUGAGCUUUAAUGAGGUUCAAAUGCUUUUCAGUAAUGAUGCACAAGCGCUAACAACAAUGUUUACGCCUUUUCCGAAACCUCAGGACGACGUGGAGAGCACUUGCCACUAUCACUUUAGGCUAGUGGUAUCUGCAACAUUGCUGGAUGAUUAUUUACAGUUUGUGGAGGCACUGGAAGCUCAAACGAUGCGACUAUUGGUCAGUAAUUGGACAAUGAACGUGCUAUUACCUGCGCUGAGGCUAGAACGUCUCGCUUAUCUUCAUCCCACAGUGCUUAGAAUACUACAAACAUUGUUAAAGACGUACAAGGACCAGAAAGAAAUUAAGCAAGUGAUUACUAUGAUUUUGCAACUUCUGAGCGAUCCUGGAGAUGAAGAAGUGAGCUACGACGCGCUGUGCAGAUUGCUACGGCUUUUGCAACAGCAAACAUACAACUCGGUGGAUAUAUUACAAAUUUGUGCAAUGGCAAUAAAAGAAUGGAGACUUCGACCACGAUUUCUUCGAAGUGCUGUCCUACAUCUUGUGCCAAUGUUGCUAGAAGACAAAGUGGAGGGUGAGAUGCAUCAACGACUACUUGAGUUAGUGCUGGAUGCAUGGGAUCCACACCAGACAAUGGAAGAUCCUCGGGAACUACUGUACCUAGUAUGUACCAUUAUCUCAAAAGCCCCUCGUGAACUUAUGUCAGAUGCACGAUUACAACAGCUCGUUUGCUUCGCACUGCGACACAAUGAUGUGUUGCUGAGAAAACAAGGUCUUCACAUUCUCAAAGUCGCGUUCUCACUUUGUGUUAUGGAUCUUGAAUCUGACCGACUGGAAAAUGCAAGAGAUACAGAAGUGACAUGGGUGGACUUAUGGCGAAAAUUUCUUACUGCCUCGGAGGUAAUUCAAAUGCAUCACGAACAGCAUCUCAUUGAGCAAGUUUGGACUCAGGUUGCGGAUCUAUUGUCGACAAAUCUGGUUGUGUAUGAAAACGAAAACAUAAAUGAACAGCAGGACAAAAAUCAGUGGCCGGUGGAGCUAACAUUCGAUUGGGUACAAGGUCUUUUGCUGCGUUUAUUCAACCAUGACAACCCCUUUGUGAAGCGUUCGUUCCUCUCGAACUUCACAGAAAUCUGUAUCAAUAGUUUCCAGUUGUGUGGUAAACAGCAUUUUACCAGCAAUGAUGUUGAUAAUAACGCGUCUUUUGCCUGUUCGCCUACUUUCCGAUCUUUUGUCCUUAAUGACAUGUUACGUGCCUGCAACGACCCAGUGUUGUACAAAAAUGCGCAUCGUGCUCGAUUUCAGACUUCAGUGACCCAUUUUUUGGCAUCUUUUCUUUCAUUCGAGCUCACAAACAGAGUAAAUGAGUAUCUUUUAGAUGAUUUUGUUGCUGCUGUCGAUGUCGCGAUUUUUGGAAAAGACGAAACGAGUCACUCACCUGAGGCUUUAUUGAGCAUGCUGCAAGUAUUUCAGUCGCCUCAUCUAAAGCAAGCAGCUUCACUUGCUUCACCAAAGAUACUGUUAAGCGAUUCCGCUGUAAAUCAGCUUCGCGUUUUGCUUGACAUACAUGCCAUGCAAUCGUUUUCUCAAGUAAUGAGAUCAAAAAUGCUUUGUGCACUGACUCACGCGCUCACGGGAGGAUUCGUCGAUGCAACAGCAAUAUCUUUGUCGACAUUGGCACGUGUCCUUUGUAUCUAUCCCAAUAGUAUCUUAGUGACUGAAGGUGGUGAGACACUUGGGCGAUAUCUGUCAUGGAUAAAAAGCUCUACCUCAAUUGAAGGCUGGACUAAAUUUUUGAAUUCUCUAUCUUCUGCAUUGCAAAGAAACCUGACCCCUCACGUUAGUCAAAGUGCAGAAAGUGAACUCAGCUCGACGCAGCUGGCAAGGCUAUUGCUUUUGACUGCGGACAACAUCAGUGAACCGGAGUCGCAGUAUAUUGAAGCACUGCCAGGGCAUCAGAUCCAAGUGGUAUUGCGUGCUCCUCUAAGUGCAUUGCUAUCAGAGAUUUCGCAUAAAGAUAUAGACAGUACACGCCUCGUACUUCUAAUUGCCAAGCUUGAACAUCAAAUUCAGGAUCUGACACUCGUUUGUUCAAGUUCGCCAUCCCACGGUCUUACAUUCGCCUUCGAACGUGAGAAUUUUUAUGGGGGAGAAAUUAGCUGCUCCUAUCUAUUUGAAUCUUCUAUGCAAAUUGCCCGAAAUUGUCUAGAUAGCAUUUUGUCGAAGAACAAGAUGCAGUCUAGCGAAGAAAAGUUUAGCGAAAUCAUGGAUUUGGCUCACUCUGCCGGAUUAGUGCUGACCCAAAUGAGCGCCCACCAGCUAUAUCUAACAGGAAGUAUGCAUGAAAUGAGCAGACUUGACGCGUUAUGCGAUGAGUUUAAGGUUCUUCUGGCCUCAUCUGCGGAUCGAAAUGUGCUGGAUUUGGCCCUAGCGGCUGAAUAUUUGUCGACGGUUGGGACCAACGCUAUUGCUGUGGAUUCUCUGCAUGCGUUUGAGACCCCACAUCUUCUUUCAAUUCUCCUCGCUCUUGACACAAGUCGACGUUAUGGCGGAAAACUUGACGCUCGUUGUUCAAUCCGUUUGGCUACUAGUAAAUGGGCUUUGCUCUAUCAGGUUGUGCAAUCUUCGUCUUUUAUAGAUACGAAGCUCUUGCAAGCUACUUUCGACGCUUGCGUCAAGGCGUUACCGACUGCAGGCAUGGAUGUCUCGACGUUGCUACAGAUGGUUAACGUGUUGUCACUUACACUUUCGCAAUUGGCUGGCACCUUAGUUAACAUGGAUGAAGGAUCAGAUACAGUUAACAAUUUGCUGGAAGAAGUAUGGACUGCUUACAUCGACAGCAAGGCCAAGCCUGACGCUCUCACACGAGCUGUCAUUGUUUGCAUGCUUCAGCCGGUCUUUCUCUUUCGAAAAGAGCUUACUUCAAUGAUGAAACACUGGAUCGCGGAGUUUAUCCGCUUUGGCUCAAGACAUAGACCAAACGUGAUUUUCCACUUAACUUGCCGGUUGUGCCAAACGUGGCGUACUCACCCGAUGUUGGCGCUAGCUUUUGCUGAUGAACUCGUUGAAUUGCUCCUGUAUAAAGAGCCACUGAUUGACGAGAAAGAACAACUGUCAAGGGAUACAAACGUUCCAUUCCAAGGAUUUCAAGGCUUUUCUCCCUCCUGCGAAGGUCAAGAAGCAGCUAUCACGACCCACGCUAAAGAUCAAUUUGUUCGGCUUGUGGUACUAAGUUUCUUGGACGAUAUUUCUGUCGAUAGGAGCCUUUUCGGAGAAGACACGCAAGCGCUCAUGGAUGCGCUUUUUGUUCGACUUGUCCAACUCAAUGUAACACCAGACUGGCAGAAGCAGCACAUGCUCAAUAGCGACGGAUUCGGUAAGAAGCUGCGAUCGUGGCAGGCGCUUUGCAUCGUAAGUGCGCAUGUGACCAAGUCGCAGCUAACAACAUUAUUCUCAACGCUUCAAAUUGCGUUUGGUGUACCGCAACUACCCAGUGUUCGUUACUAUAUGGAGCUCUUUGGCAUGCGCAUAGCUACUAGAAUGCCACGAGAGGUAUGCUCAGGUAUCUUGCUUCCCAUGCUUAGUGACGCCAACCUGAUGCCCCAAGUUGGUGCUUCGAUGCUUCUUGUGUCGGCCCAUCUUGUCAAUGCUCAGCUUGACAAAGAAAGUGUCGACUUCAACUGUGGAAUACUUUUGGAAACGUUGCUCCCUUGGCUAAACUCGUCACAUGGAUAUACACGAGUAGUGGCUCAGUAUUUACUGUCCAAACUUCUUCCUCGUUAUAUCCAUCAACUUCAAGUGCGCUAUCCGAAUUCUCCCGGUCUUCGUUAUUUGGAAGGCACAGCGCGUUAUUUAAGCACCAACAAAGAGUGCAAACGAUUGUUACGACGCCAAGCACGUCAGUUUGAGGAAUUUUACCCGGAUUAUGAGAGUUCCCUGCUUGGAAUGCUGUCUUGUGGCUUCAUAAGUGAGUUUGGCGAGCUUUUACCACGCGAUGAGGCACUUCGAUUUUGUGACCAACUUAAAAAGGCUAUGAACGAAUUGUAUUCUCAGUACCAACUCGAAAACUUUCCCUUAACGCCAUCACUGCAAAAGUCUAGCGGUGGAUUUUGCUCAAAAGAUAGUGCACUUCCAGUAGCAAUGCGCAUAGACUACGAUGCAACGCGCUAUAACCAUUCACUAAACGCUCGUCAACAACCUCGACAGCCAAUAAUCAUGUGUGCAAGUUUGGUGGACAAGAUUCCGAAUCUAGCGGGGCUGGCAAGAACAUGCGAGAUAUUUAAUGCUGAAAAGCUUAUUGUACCUAAUCUUCGUCUGGCUCAACAAGACGUCACAUUUGCAAAUGUAAGCGCUACGGCUCACAAAUGGAUGCCUCUGGAAGAAGUUCGACCCCAAGGUGACGAUUUGCAUCAAAUAAUUUUACGUUGGAAACGAGAAGGUUACACAAUUGUAGCACUCGAACAAACAGCAUCCAGUGUGAGUUUGGCAAAUUACACUUUACCACGAAAGAUGGUUUUGAUACUGGGCCGUGAGAAGGAAGGAAUUCCGCUGGAACUUUUGCAGCUUGUUGACGUAUGCGUCGAGAUACCUCAAUUUGGUCUGGUGCGCUCACUUAAUGUACAUGUGAGUGGAGCACUAGUGCUUUGGGAGUAUACAAAACAGCAAUUAACGUCAGGUGCUAUCGAGUCGACUCUUUGA